CUUAGAUUCUUCCCUUGCAGUUAUAUAUAUCAACAUAUACACACACGCACAUAUAUAUAGCACAAGCCUCUGCCUAUAUAAUCCUCCUAACCAUCUCUCUAUUUCUAAAGGACAGAGAGAGAGAGAGAGAGAGAGAGAGAGAGGGAAUAGCAAAGUGAUCGUUGGGUUGAAGAAGCUAUAUCUAUGGUUUCUUUUCAAGCCUCCCUGUCUCCAACCAGGAGAAAGACAGUGCUAGAUUUUGAGGAUUUAUCGAAAAAGAGAAAAUGGCAAGAGCCACACGUUGAAGAAACUUUCCACAAACGAUCAAAUACAGACACACCCAAGUCACCUUUCGACAUCGAGUUACACCUCGAGACUCCCUUACCUUUGGAGUGGCAAAGAUGUCUCGAUAUUCAGAUGAUUUGGUGGGUGCAGUCAGGGCAGAUACAUUUCUACAAUACAAGAACUCAGAAGAGAACAUCAAGGGAUCCAAGGAGCUGCAGCAGUCCUGAGCCACCGAGUCCUAGCCGUCACAUGAGCCUUGACCUUGAGCUGAAUCUUCUACCGUGCGAUCAUUCAGUUAAGAAAACCAACGCGAAAAAUGAAUUACCGCAGCGUAAUUCUCCAUCAGGUGAUCUUCUUUUCGUGGAUUCAAGCGUAAAUGAUAAGAAGAAUACGGAGUCAGGGAUGAUAAAUCGUUGCCCUUCUUGGUUGGCGUUUGAUGGAGAACAGCAGCAGCAAGAGAUGGUCGCAACAGUCUGCAUGCGAUGCCAUAUGCUGGUGAUGCUCUGCAAGUCGUCGCCUUCAUGCCCAAACUGCAAAUUCAUGCACCCACCAGAUCAAAAGCCUGCAAAUUUAUUCAAGCAAAGGCUGGGUCUCUUGUGCUAGCUACCUGGGUAGUAGUAAAGGAUUGAAUCAAAUUCAGCAAAAAAAAAAAAAAAAAGGAAUGGCCAGCUUCAGGUUUAUUGUGAAUGAAGAAGUAUCAACAUGUGCAAAUUAAAAGCGUCUUUAAUUGUUAUUUUUCGUCUUCUAAAACUAUAUAUAUAUAUAUAUAUAUUAGUGUAGUCUAAGAAUCGAGUGUCUUACUCGAAUUGUUGUUCUUCUUCUACCCCUUUAACGAUAGAUCGGCUGCUUUAUAGAGAGACAGAGACCUAACGCUAAUAGAGGUAUAAACGAUCCUUUCAUGGCGCCAUGUUUGGUUCAGUGUGGACUUAACUAGAAAGAGAUCUUACUUGGAUAUACUUCUUAGCCCUUUUGAAAAUAAAGAACUGUAGAUAAAUGUUUUUCAUGUUGGCUUUUGUAAUGUAUCAUGAUGCCUGAAAUGACGGGGUUUAAUCAUUUAAUUGAUUGAUUCUUCUCCA